UUUUGUAAUAACUUUUGAGCAAACAUUAUUUUUUCCCCCCUGACUGUGUAAAAUAUAUAGAUUAUAUAGAACAGCUGGGCGGGGACUGCAAGCUAAAGCUGAAAAAGAUUUUAAAAGAUCAACAUAUCUUUGUGAUGUUGCUGACCACAACUCAGGUGAAUUAGUAGUCAGAUAACAACUUCAAUGCUGGACUUGGAUCACGAAAUCCUUAUUUGGAACUGUACUUCCUUCAACUGAAUCGAUUGUGAACAAUUUAGCAUAUGGUGGACAGGCAGCCGCUCAGACCUUCUAUAUUGGAAAUUAGCUAAUUAUUCUUCUCUGUGUAUCAACUUGACUUGCUAUACUUGCUUGAUGUUUGUCAUUAUGCAUUACUCAGUUUGCCAACUUCUAUUUGGCUUUUCCAGCACCUAGGCUAUGUGUAUCAUUAGUUGGUCUCAUAGUGUUAAGUGAUCCAAAACUAAGUUGUAUGGUUUAACUAUUCCAACUGUAAUACCAUUUGAUGAUCUUAUCAAGGAAAAAUAAAUUUAUGAUCAGGUAUCUUAGAAUGUAAUGACAACUAUUUUGCAUCCUUUACUGAGCAUAGGUAACAUGUUUGCUAUGAUAACACCAAUCCAAGGUAGUGGAAGAGGAGUUAUGCCGGAGAGCAACUGAGAAACGUCGAGUUGUGUAGACUCGCUGAGCAGGUUGUCUUCUCGGAUCCCUACAAAAUGUCACAAUAUAAUCAGUGCACAUCUCCUCAUGCAGAUGCCGAUGCAAAGAAUAAGUUAAUAAUUCAGAUCGACUUUGAAGGCACUUCUAAAAAAUAAGAAACCCAUUCAAUUGAAGUAGCCUCAACUCAGGUUUGUACUGUGAUUAGAAUAGUGACAUUUGCAAAACUCAAGUUCUCUUAACAAUGGAUCCUCAUCAAACAAAAAAACGUCCUUGGAUAACGACAGAAGCUUAUGACAAGAAUGCCAAACGACGUGAAGUGUACAACAAUAUGACCAUGGCUGAAAAGAAUGCGCUUCUGCUGCAACGACGUCUAAAAAAAAGAGAGACAACAACUAAUCGUCUUCUCGCAAGUAAAACUUAUGUCAACCCUGUUGAACCAGCAUCUGUAAUGCCAGGUAAUUUUGCUGCCGGAGCCUCUUGUUCUCUGCCAAAAACAGCAACCAAUGAAUGUGAAGUUUGUACGCCACCCGCUGUGCUUCACAAGGAGAAAAAUGUGUUGUACCCUUUUCAUGUUUUUGAAAAAGGUUCUACAUCAGGCACUUCAAAUGAGUCAAGUGCUACAUCCUUUGAGUCGAUUUUGGUUGACGAACUACUGAUGCUUCUCUUACAUCCGGUACCACCAAAAGAAUUGCUCAAUGGGCUUAGCACUGCACAGGGAACCGACUAUUUUAUCUUUGGAUAUUUGUACACGUUGGCUCCUAUUAACAGAUUCUAUGUUUCUCCUACAACGGCUAAUAGUUAAUGUUGUGCAUCGUUUUUUUUCUACAAGUUAUGCUAUUGUGCUAGAGGAGAGAAAGAGGCCUUUUACAAAGUGAUACAUUGCAAUGCUUCAAAAGGAUGCAGCUUUUGCAAGCGUAAUGUUCUGAUACAAGAAAUGGGGAGAGCUCUAUAAAUGACAACAACAAUGUGAUUCCAAAUUCACCUUGUCUAAAUAAGAGUCAAUCAGAUAUGCAGUUCCCAAUAAAAGCAUAUUAGUGAAAUAUAUUAUUUUCAGUAACCUAUAAAUUAUGGCUGAGUUAUUAUUCCAUAAUAUUGCAGGCUUUAAUGAAGAAUGCCUCUCUUAGCUUGGUUGAGAUGAAUACUCCAGUUUCUCAUUUCAAUCAGAAUCGGGCUACUUUGGAAGUACUUUUGAAUUUUUAGUUUCAGUGUUGCAACAAUUCAGUUGACGUAAUAGUUUAUUAAUUUUUUUAUUGUAAUUCUAAUUUCUACCACUUACACAUAUUUGUAUCAGCUCACCUGCUGCAAAACCAUAUGUUUUUUUUGGGUAACAUAUGAAUUACUUACACAUAUUUGUAUCAGCUCACCUGCUGCAAAACCAUAUGUUUUUUUUGGGUAACAUAUGAAUUAGAAACGGCAGGAUUAAAGAA